GUCUGCUGUGUUCCAGUGGAGGAUGCUGAAUACAUGAUCAUGAGCUGUCCAUCAUCGUCUCCUAGCAACGAGCCGGCAGACACACCUGGGACAGAAGGUGUCCGUACCUCUGAGCUGGUCUCAGAUCAGGACUCCCCUGUCUGGCUGAGGAAUGGGGGGCCCACAGUGCCUCCUCUUCCUCCAGGAGGUCUGGGAGGCAAUGAAGACGAAGAUACGUAUGAGGAAGCCGAGCCUUAUGUGGCCGCCGACACCAACACCGAGAAGUCGGACAGCAGUCACUAUGAGUCGUAUGGUGAGGAGGAUGACGACGAUGAGGGGGAGGAGCUUGUGAAGGACAGGGCCCACUACAUCCAAUGGAGCACCUCGCAGCCCUGCCUAAGGCCCGCCCCCGAGUCCCGCCUCUGCGGCUACCUGUGGAGGAGGAAGUGGCUGGGACAGUGGAGCAAACAGCUGUUCAUCAUCAGGAACGACGCGCUGCUGUGUUAUAAAUCUGCUCGGGACCUGCUGCCUCAGAUGGAGUUGAACCUUCGUGGCUGUCAGCUGGUCUACAAGUCCAAAUCCAACAGGAAGAUCCAGCACCAGCUCAAACUGGUGCCGUUGGGAUCUGAGUCGCUGGUUCUGGGCUACAGCAGCUUCCAGCAGGCUGACGAGUGGAGGAAGGUGAUGGAGGAGCUGAGCGUUGGAGGCGACCUGGAGACUCAAAGUUUCUCUUCUCUGGUUAAAUCAGAGCAGCUGCUGUCCUGCAGGUCCAGUACCGUCCAGACCGACUCUGACGAGGAGAAACUUUCGGUUUACUGCACCAAAGACAAAGGCUUCCUGAACGUGCUGAUGAACUGCCAGUGGCAGAGUCUGCAGUGUCGGGUGGAGGCCGGGCUGCUCAACAUGUUUGCUGAGGAGGAUGAGGAGGAGGUGAGGAAGGACCGGUCACCUCAGUACACCAUCCAGCUCCGAGGCUGCGAGGUCCGAGCCGGGCCCGAUGCCGAGCGCUCCUACAGGAUCACACUGAGCAUGCUCGCUGACCAGGUGGCUGUGCUGGAGGCGAGCAGCUCGGAGGAGAAGCAGCGAUGGAUGAAGCUGCUGCAGGACGGAGCUGCCGGUCACAGUCGCCAUGACAACGGCACACAGGAGCCCACAGGUGGCGCUCUCAGCGGCCUUCAGACUCGAAGGUUUCCCACCUCCAACACCUACAUGGACGACCCGUUCCAUCUGAGCGGAACCUGCCAAGACCUGCCCAUCUACUCCAACACCUCUGUCCUGGAGCACAUGCUCCAAAGCUCUCAGGAUUCAGUUCGCUGCAGCUCCGUGUCGUCCAAAGACUCGGUGACCUACAGUAACACCGUCCUCAGCAGCCACAACAAGAAGGCGUCUGAAGUCCAGCGAGGUGUUCAGAAGCUGGAGCUGACUGGGCGGAGCACCGUGCAGCUGAGGGCGGGGUCAGAGACCAACCUGGCGUCCGCUGGAAGGCAAAACAAACGCACCUCUUUUCGACAGUCGCUGGCCGUCUGCACUGAGCGUGCUCAGGUGAGUUUUCUGAACCCUCUGCUGCGACGGACAGCUUCGGCUAAAAACUCUCUGAGACGAGCUCCUUCAGCGCUGUUCAUCGAACAUGGAAAGGUUUUCCAGAGGAGGAAGGAAUGGGAGACCAAAGCUGCUGCUUGACACCAGCUGUCCAAUCAAUCAAUUAAUCAAUCAGCCACAUCCUGUCAGCUGCCGUCAGUUUGUUUUUUUAUGAACUGAUAAUCUAGCAGACGUUCUUAAGGCGACAGGAACGUUGACUCGGCCAACAUCACCUCAGAGACGAACAGAAAAAGAAACUGUUAAAUGAUGUUUUCACAGUAUGUUAAUGGGCUUUGUUAAUAAUUUUUAAAAACUAAAGGCUCUUUUUAUGUUGGUUUUUAAGUCUGGCUGGUCUCUGUAGUAACCAUGGCAACAGCAAUAAACGGUUGCUAACUGUGGCGCUAACAAAUGUUUCGUCAGAUAAUUACCAGGGCCUUUAUUUACCUCAGCAGGGAACAGGGCAGAGAUAUUUUUCACUUCCAGCUUCUUUUAGCUGCAACAUUCCUUCGGAUGUUUAGAGAACGUUGUCAGAGCACUUGAAGUUUUAUGGUAACAAAGAGGGAACGUUCUCAUGGAAUGUUUUCUACAUGUCAUCGAGGCCUCAAAUGAUUUCUUCUUGUAAUGUCAUUUAAUAACAAAGGUGGACCAUUCUGCCUGCAAUGUUCUGAGGAUGUUGUUGAGGAAGUGUAUUAUAGAACGUUCUUCUUUCAAACAUUCCAAUGAUAACAAAGGAAGAACGAUUUUAAACCAGCAUUCAAAAACUGUUUUCCAGGUGUUAGCUUCAGAUGGUAGAACUUUCUUCUGUGACGUGAUAUAUUAAAGGUACAAAAUUUAGCCCUUUUGUUAGAGAACAUUCUUCUAUAAAACACUUUCAGCUGAAAACAAAGGGAAGUUCUUAUUGCAAAAUUUAAAAAAAACAUUUUUCAGAUGUUAUUGAGGCCUCAGAUGACAGAAUGUUCUUCAUAAGAUCUUCUACAUUCUAGCUGGGAGGCCUUUAUUUCCAGCUCUUGCUGAUUGAUCAGUAUAACUGAUUAUAUUUUACACUUGCAGUUGGAGUUUUAGUUAUUUUAUUUGUUCACGCAGCUUUUAAUUGACCUGAGAAAAUACAAAAACUGAUCCCAGCUCAGACAUUAAAACCCAAACAGACUUUAGAAGCAGUUUUAACUUCAGUCUCGUCUUUUACAAAAAACAAAACCUCACUCCAGCUGAAAUAAGUCACACAAAACAAGAGUUAAACAGUAGAAACAGUGUCCUCUAUGCAUCAGCGUCUGAAGUCUUAAACCUGCGUUCCCUCUGGCAGCCAGCAGGGGGCGACUCCUCUGGUUCCUGAUGGUAUAUAAGUCAGUGAUCAAAUGAACCUUGUUCUAACUUGAUCUGUUUUCUCAGUGAACAGUUGACCAAUAAGUUCAUGGUCUUAAUCUCAAGAGUGAAGCUUCCUUGAACACAGCAUGGUGUUUGUUUUGUAAAUCAUAAAGCAUCACAUGUUGUAGGGCUACCAUUCGAGGAACAUACUAAAGUUUAAAGUCAACCCAGCACUCGUUCUUUACGACCAGUUUCAAAAAACCAAGAUGACAACAGCAAAGUUCCAACUUCGACAUUAAAACUGCAAAAUCGCUUUUUUUUGUUAAAAAAUGAUGAAAACAACUUUCAAAGCAAGCAAUAAACCUUCAUGAGGAGGAUUUAUUGCAGUUUUAGCUGAAAUUAUCUAAUAAAUCCCAAUGAUUGGUGCCACUAAAUGAUGUGAUUAGAUAGAAUAACUCAAAUACAGAAAAAUCUAUAAACCCCAAAGAAAAUGUGUUAAUAUCUGCAGUGAAUAUUUGGAUUAUUAUAUCUGAUUAGUACAAAACAAUGACUCCAGUCUCUUGUGUGUGGAAUCACUUAAAAGUAAUAUUUUCACAUAUUUCACAUUAAUUUAUUCCACUGGGGAUGUCAGCUUUGGAAAUGUUGUUCAUAAAAACAAACAAACAAACAAACAAACAACAUGGUUUCAGUUUAACUAGAUUUUUGUAACUGAAGUCUCCGUGAACUUCGUCCUGUUGGCGUCCAGCGAGUGAAUAAAAGUCAUGAAUAUUAGCUUGUUGUCCACAGAAAGUCGUGUGUUUCUAUGGUAACAUUGGACUGUAUGGAGCACAUUUCUAAAUGUAAUUCUUUUGGUUUGUUUAAUCCCACAGUUUUGUCCUACUGUGUAAAUGUAUAACUGAACUAGUUUUUCUCACCGUAUACUGACUGCCACUACGUAGUAAUUGACGUGUGAUUUAUGUUUUUCCACUUACUGUAGCAUUUUUUCUGUUUACUGUGUUUUGUACUCAGGAGAAUGUUUGUUUUUGACUAAACACUGAUCUGUAAAAUUGUAUUAAAAAUGAUUUUUACAUAUUG